AUGAAUGUCGCGCGAGCCUGGCGGCGCUUCAAGUGGCAGGAUGUGCCGAAGCGCAGGAGGCAGCUGACCUAUGUGAGCAUUGGCGCGGCUUUCACCACGGCCACACUGGAAAGCAAGUUCAAGGAGUGCAUGGAGAUUGUGGGGAAUCCUGCCGAUGUAACCUCUCCGCACACGCUCUUCUGGCUUCGGGUGCUUUUUGGGCGCAUGAGGUCGAGAUUUGUUGGAUCGGCCGCUGAUAUGCGGAUCCCGGUGGCUUUGCGCUCACCGAUCUACAAACUCUUCGCAUGGAGAUACAACUUGGACUUGAACGAAGUUCGCUACCCCUUGGAUGCCUUCCAUACCUUCAACGACUUCUUUAGCCGGAAGCUGGUGGACGGCGCGCGGCCGAUAGCACAGGUUCCGCGGGGCUUGGUGAGCCCGGUUGACGCCGAGGUGCUCACGAUUGGGCAAGUCACUGAAGCCAACGCGCGCGUGGAUCAGGUGAAGGGUGCCACCUACAACAUCCGUUCCUUCCUAGGCUACGAGCCCCUGGACGUGGCGAAGAGGGACUCUGACGUGCACUAUGUGGUGCUGUAUCUGAGUCCUGGGAACUACCAUCGCAUCCACAGCCCGUGUGAGGUCACCCUCAGCAAGGGCCGACAUUUCGGCGGAGAGCUCCUUCCAGUGAGGUCGUGGCUGCUCCAACGUGUUAACGAUGUCCUCGCGGUGAACGAGCGCGUGGUGCUGACGGGCCAGCAGCCGACCCGGUCUACUCUGCGCAGGGACUUUUGGUCUUAA